AACUGCAGCACAGGAGAACACAGAACAGUCACUCUGUGUGCCGGACUGACUGACAGAGAGAGAUGUGCUUUUGGGACCGGUGCAAAGGACUCAAACUCCAUAGGGUAACCAUACCAAUUGGGAAACAUGAUUCGCAUCGAGAGGCAAAGAAAGUACCCCAUACCAUUAAUAUUGUGAGGACAUGUUGCAGUAGAGACCAGUGAGCUGUGAGACCAUGGGGGACUGGAACCUGCUGGGCAGCAUCUUGGAGGAAGUACAUGUCCACUCCACCAUCGUAGGAAAGAUCUGGCUCACCAUCCUCCUCAUCUUCCGCAUGCUGGUGCUGGGAGUGGCGGCCGAGGACGUGUGGAAUGAUGAGCAGAGCGAAUUCAUCUGCAACACGGACCAGCCGGGCUGCAAGACCGUCUGUUACGACCAGGCCUUCCCCAUCUCCCUCAUCCGCUUUUGGGUCCUGCAGGUCAUCUUUGUGUCCUCACCCUCCCUCGUCUACAUGGGCCACGCGCUCUACCGCCUGCGCGCCCUGGAGAAGGAGAGGCACCGGCGGAAGGUCCAGCUGAAGGCAGAGCUGGGGGAGAUGGAGGCGCUGGUGGAGGAGCACAAGUGCAUUGAGAAGGAGUUGAAGAGGCUGGAGGAGCAGAGGAAGGUGAAGAAGGCUCCACUGAGAGGGUCCCUGCUGCGGACGUACGUCAUCCAUAUCCUAACACGCUCCGUGGUGGAGGUGGGCUUCAUCAUGGGCCAGUAUAUCCUGUAUGGCAUUGGACUGGAGCCUUUGUAUAAAUGCGAGAGAAUGCCUUGCCCCAACAGUGUGGACUGUUACGUGUCCAGGCCCACGGAGAAAACAGUGUUCAUGGUGUUCAUGAUCGUCAUCGCCGGGGUGUCUCUCUUCCUGAACCUCAUGGAGAUUUCCCACCUGGGCAUCAGGAAAAUCAAACAGACUCUGAAGGGAGACAAGUACCCAGCAGACAAUGACAAUUUGAUUUACAAGCUGAAGAAGAAUGUGACGAUACAGCAUCUGUGUGUGAUGAGGAACCUGUCUCCUCACAACAGGCCGCUGACUCAGACCAUCUUCAAAGUAAUUCCUGAGAAGGACCUGGACCCAAUGGACCCACCUCCCCACUACAUACCUAACCAUGAGGUGCCCAGGCACAACAGCAUGGCUCCAGGCCAUUAUCUUGCCAACUGCACUGGCCUCCAGCCUCAUCAGCAAUACCAGCAGCAGCAGCUUCAACAAUGUGAGCCCAGCCAGGGGAUGAUCCAGACCCUGCACCUCCAGGGAGCCCCAGAGAAACAAACCACCGUCAUGGUGGACCAGCUCCCUCGAGCAAAUAGAGGAGCUGUCUUGAAUGGGGAUAGUGGGCCCAGGAACCUGCAGGGCCAGUCGAUCCAUGAGGACCCCAACUUACACCCCCAAGACCACUACCAGCCCAGCCACAUGGAAGUAGUGUCUAUGGCAACGCACAGACCCAGCAUCAUGACAACACACAGACCCAGCUUGGCUCUGAGGGACACAGACCUGGAGGAGGAGAGGAGGGACUCCAUGGGCAGCGACUUCAUCUUACCCAACCCAGGAAGGAAGCAAAGCUUCAAAUCUCGUAUGCCCUCUGAGAGCAUGUCCACCAUCAGUGAUUACAGUAGCAACUCUCCACGGAGCUCAGAUUCCGAGCUGGGCGACAUGGUGGACAUGCCAAUGAUGCCACCCCCUGGAAGGAGAAUGUCAAUGGCAAGUAGAGCCAAGAGACAGGCAGCAUCUGACCUGGUGGUGAAAGAUUUCACCACUGUAACUAGGAGAAACAGUGAAAGAGAGAAGAAGGGAGACAGGGAAUGCUAACGUUGUGAAUAUUUUGUCUAGAUUUGCCCAGUAAAGCUGCAAUAGGUACCUUUUUAGAGACUGCAUACAUAUUUUUGAAAUCUUGCAGAUAGAAAGUCAUGAUGAUAAGUGUCAAUGUGUUAUCUAGCCUCUCUCAAUCCCACAUGUUCUCUCUCUUUCAGAGUGUAUUCUUGGACAUCUCCUCUAUCAUGAAAAAGUGAAGAGGGACGAGAGCAAAAAUAGACCCAGGAGUUUCCUACGAGUGAAACAACACACAGGAGAUAAAUAGAUAAAUAGCACUGCGCCCAUCAUUGAUUGGCUCUCCAGAUUAAAUUGGGCCAAAAACAGCCACCAACCCAUGCCAAGUCACAUGUGGUCAUAGGCAGUGCUGUUUCCCCAGUGUAUUUUAAAUUCAAAGCACCUCAUUAAAAUGCCUACAAUCUCCAAAUGAGUGACAUUGUAUGUGGUUGAUUGUGGCAGAAAGGGAAAAUGAUUGUGCACAUCAAGAGGAACGUGUGAAGUGUGAGCACUUAAAAUUGUUGUGAUAAAUGAAUGUUGGUGAGUAUGCAAACCAUGGAAAAUGUCAUCUUGUCCUUGGAAAAACUUUUAUAUGCUUAUAUAGAGCAUUCAAUUUUAUAAACCUAUUAUUUAGUUUGAACUUUUUUAAGUUAAACAUUCAACAAUAGAUUCUUAUGAGUGUGUAGUUGUUUGAUAUACAAUCUUAAUUCAUGACAUUAAAUGCUUAU